UGGUGAAACAUUUUUACCGCGAUUAUUUCUUGACCUCUUGCUUUGAUCUGGUAUUUACUGCCCCUACUUUAUCGCCUCGUCAUUUUUUCCUGGAAACUUUGAAGAAGAAAAAAGCCGGAGUACGCAUGAAGAUUGAAUUACAAAAGAUUACACCUUACCUAUUAUUGUAGCUUUAGCCUUAUUAUUAUAUUCUGAUACAUUUGAGUAUAAUAUAUUACACACCUAGCUUGUUCCUUUAUCACGUUCUUAGCAAUUCCACUAUCGGAGCCAAAUUUACAGGUUGUUUUCUUCAUCAACAGCUAUGAGGAUUGAUGGGCCAUGUGAAUGUUAAUGGCAAUUAGCAGGAGGUUGAAGCUUCUCCACCAUGUCCAGAAAAUUGCAUUUGUUGAUUUGGGUUUUUGAGGGAAGAAAGAAGAGAUUUUUGCAUUAUUAGAUAUUAUAGAUAGCAAAAUAAAACUCUAAAGAAGGAAAGGGAGAAAUUCCGGCAGGAUGGAGAUGCCCUUGGUGGCUCCCCGGAAGAAGAUGACGAAACAGCUGACCGGGAAACGUGAGGAUACAGUAUUGCAUUCUUCAGCGAGAGCCGGAAACAUUGGUGCAAUAAGAGACACUAUUGGGAAGACAGGAGGAGGGAUAGAAUUGGAAGAGUUGCUAAUAAAGCAAAACUCAGCAGGAGAAACAGCACUUUAUGUGGCUGCAGAAUAUGGGUAUGUUGAUUUGGUUAGAGAACUGAUCACAUAUUAUGACCUUGUGGCUGCUGGGAUCAAGGCGAAAAAUGGCUUCGAUGCCCUCCACAUUGCUGCCAAACAAGGCGAUUUAGAGAUGGUGAAGGUACUAAUGGAGGCUCACCCAGAGCUUUCCAUGACGGUUGAUAUGGCAAACACAACUGCGCUACACACGGCAGCAACUCAAGGGCAUAUAGAGGUAGUGAAUUAUUUGUUAGAGAUAGAGAGCAGCCUUGCUGCCAUAGCUAAAAGCAAUGGCAAAACUGCUUUGCAUUCGGCUGCUAGGAACGGGCAUGUCCAUGUUGUUAUGGCCAUCUUGAGUAAGGAACCGAGUCUAGUUACUCGGGUGGACAAGAAAGGUCAAACUGCCCUUCACAUGGCGGUCAAAGGGCAGAAUCUCAAGGUUGUUGAAGUACUGAUUCAAGCUGAUCCUUUAUCGGUCAACAUGGUUGAUACCAAGGGCAACACAACUUUGCAUGUAGCUACUAGAAAGGGCAGAGUCCAGAUUGUGAAGAUGUUACUGGGACAGAACCAAAUGGACACAAGAGCAGUGAACAGGUCAGGCGAGACGGCACUUGACACAGCUGGAAAAAUGGGGCACGCUGACAUAGAAGGAUUGCUGAGGGAGCACGGGGUAGAGAGUGCCCGGGCCCUCAAGCCACCAUCAACGGCGACAAACCCUGCUAGGGAACUGAAGCAAACAGUGAGUGACAUAAAGCAUGAGGUCCACUACCAGUUAGAGCACAGCCGGCAGACAAGGAGGCGGAUACAAGGGAUUGCAAAGCGCCUUAACAAGAUGCAUGCGGAGGGACUAAACAACGCAAUAAACUCGACGACAGUGGUGGCAGUACUCAUAGCCACAGUGGCCUUCGCCGCCAUAUUCACGGUGCCAGGACAAUAUGUGGAUGACCCUGAUGACAUCCCGCCAGGCCACUCGCUUGGGGAGGCCAACAUAGCACCCCAGGCACCAUUCAUGAUCUUCUUUGUCUUCGACUCCGUAGCGCUAUUCAUCUCGCUCGCGGUGGUGGUUGUGCAGACGUCUGUUGUAGUGAUAGAGAGCAAAGCAAAGAAGAAGAUGAUGGCCAUCAUAAACAAGCUGAUGUGGCUGGCAUGCGUCCUCAUCUCGGUCGCUUUCCUGGCGCUCUCCUUUGUGGUCGUUGGGGAGCAUGAGAGGUGGUUGGCCGUCGUGGUCACCAUCAUAGGGACAACCAUAUUGGCCACCACUUUGGGGACGAUGUGUUAUUGGGUGAUCAUGCAUAGGAUUGAAUCGUCGUCCAUCAAGAGGAAUAUCAGCUCUGUGCAGGCCAGCAGGUCCAAGUCUUUCUCGGGCUCUGUCUCUGACUCUGAGCUUCUCCACAAUGAUUUCAAGAAGAUGUAUGCCAUUUAAUGCCACUUUGCAAGCAAUCAACAAUAACAUGUCUAUAUUUCUUAAUAAUGUGGAGCAGUGACAAAGUAGAAUAUUGAGACUACUUGAACACUGUAUAAGGUUGCAGACGCAAACAUCUUGUGAGUUGUGAAUCACUUGGAACAUCUAUACA